GAGUGGCAGAGAAAGAGAGUCUCUCCCAUAAAAGCACAACUACUUUGAGUGGUGGAAGAGUCUUGCUCACCGCAACAGUGCACUGGUGUGCAUGCUUGAAGAACCUGAAUGACAGGGUUUGGUCUUACCUUUUGGUUCCAGUAGGUCUGACUCCGCGAGCAACCCUUCAAAAGUUCGACCACUGAGUGUUUUGAAGACACCUGGAUUUGAGGAAAACCUGUUGUAACUUGUUACUUGCCUUCUUCACGACUAAGACAUGGUACUCUGGAUUAUUCUUCCCAUCUCCCUCUCUCUGGUUUCCUUCACUGGAACAUGGACUGUAUAUGGCCUGGCCUUCGCUUACAAUCAUGUGUGCUCUCUCAGUGACUGGGGGAAUACCAACUACUGCAAAGUGAACCGGACCACUGGAUGUUGCUUUGUUCCCACUAUAAGCUCAAGUGGAAUACACGCACCAGAACAUUCUCUUUUUACAGCCACAAUCAACGGUGGAUCCUUUCUGUUUCUGCUCUUCUCUAUAUUCCACCAUGCACAUAUUAUGGAGAAACAUGCAUGCCACUCCAUGCUGAGCAAGUUUGCACUUGUCUUUGGUGUGGUGGCAGCCUUGGGGGCAUUCGCAGCUGGAAACUGCAAUCCAGGUUACCUGUCACUGCUCCACUACCUCGGCGCUGCCCUGAGUUUCAUGUGCAUCUGCUUCUACACGGUGCUGCUCACUGUGCUGACCGGGAAGUGUGAGCUGACCGGAUUUGAGAAGAUUCUCUACCCGUUCCGCAUCACCUCCACUGUGGUUCAAACCAUCGUCACCAUCUGCUAUACGGUUUUUUUUGCCCAGGAGGAGUACUAUUACGUUCACCUGUCGGCUAUAUUUGAAUGGAUGCUCAGCUUCAACCUGGAGCUGUUUGAGUUGAGCUUCGUCGUGGAGUUUUGGUUCUUCUCGUCCUUCAUGCUCUCAAACUUGUUGAACAGACGAGAGGAAGAAAAGCCUUUGAUGUUGACUCUGUCCUGAUAUGUGGCUGCCAGGGUCCAGGUGCAGCGCAUGGGCAGUGACGAUGGACUGAGUAAGACAUCUGGACCGUAGCUGGAGGAGCAAUACUUUUUACCAUCAUUCUGCUCGAAUGGAUUCAAAGCCAUUUAUGGAUUAUGACCACUUUUACUCCACUCUUGCCAAGAAUUUAAUGAUUGUCUUUACUGGGUGUGGGUAGUUCUUAUUCCUUAUUUAUUAAAACAAGCUUGUACAGCAAAUGACCAAAACACAUCAGUUGUAUUAUGCUUUCAUGAAAGCCAUGUCAAUGCUCUGCCAACAGAACAAUUAGCCUGAUGUGUCUUAUUGUUCAUUUUUUGUUACACUUUAUCGGACAUUAAUAUGAUCAACAAUGAUAAAAAUAUCACUGUUAGCUUCAUAUUAAGGUUCUUUUAAUUAUUUGCGAAUAGCUUUGGCACUUUAAUAAAAAUCCUGACCACUGUUAA